CCGAAAUUUGAAAUAGACAGUUCACCACAUCAGUCACAAUGGCAGACCUUAAACCUCCGUUUACCGAAGAGACUGCCAGAAAGAAGGUCAAGGCUGCUCAGGCUGCCUGGAACACGCAGUAAGAAUACACAAUGAGCACAUCCCAGCAAUCGGCGGGUGUAUAUCAUGGAAUGCCGUUGUCACUCAUCCAUCUCGCUCUGAGCCUUUGGUCCUCUCAAAGAAAGUCUUUCAUUUUUGUUUGAUUUGGUAGAUAGCCAUGAUAGAAACUCAGCGCAAAGCAUCUUAUUGUCUCAUCCCUUGCCCGAGCACACCAUUCCCUCGUGGGUUCAAAUCCCGGAGGGAUUGACACCAGCAUUUCAUUCCUCCCUUGAUUCGAUUUUGUCGUUGCACCGGUCGCUUCGGGUCUAAGCGCUACAUGCCCUAUUGAGACUACUACCAUUACUGUAACUAAUCACUAACGCCAAUGUGCAGGGACCCGGUCCGAGUCGCUCAAGCCUACACGCCUACAUGCAUCUGGCGCAAUCGCGACUCAUUCCUCUCCGGCACAGAAGCUAUUGUCACGUUCCUGACCCGCAAAUGGAAGCGUGAACACAGUUACCGACUCCGCAAGGAGCUCUUUGCUUUCACGGAUGACCGUAUUGCCGUGCAGUUCUGGUACGAGUAUCAGGACGCAGAAGACGGGAUGCGCUGGAAGCGCUGCUACGGCCUUGAGGAUUGGACGUUUGAGAGGGAAACUGGCAAGAUGCGCAAGAGGAUGAUGAGCGGGAAUGACUUGGUACUUGGACCGGACGGGAACGGUGACGGCCGAUGGUUCGUUGAUGGAGUUAACGUCGAUGCUGUAGACAUCGGCGAAGAGCAUUGGUAGGCUGUUGAGUCUCGACAUAGGGCAACAAGAAAGUUCUAGCACGUUCUUCUGGCGUCUAUUUCAUAUUCAUAUCAAAGUUCAUGAACUUAUACCCCGUAGGCGAGGCGAAUCUGAG